AUAUACAUACACACAUGAUUUUUUCCGAAGUUAAAGGGUGCACGUGCUCCCCCACUUAAUAAGGUAGGUCCGCCUCUGGUUUCAUGCGGAAGUUAUAAAAGCAAACCUCGAAAGAUCAUGAGUAAGAAGACAAACGAGAAACAUAUCAUAAGACACAAAGAAUUAACGUGGUUCGGUCAAUCGAUCUACAUCCAUAAAAAAGAUGAGCAAUCCACUAUAUAAAUAUGAGAGUACAAGGAGGUUUACACAAGUGAUAACUAUCACUUGUAUCCCACAGAUUCUCCCCCUUAACCAUAAAUCUCAAAUCCCCUAGAACUACAUUGUGAAUGCUAAUUAAAUUAGAAGGAAUAAGCUUUUAUUUAUAGAGUCCUAAAUCUUCUCCUACGAGAAAGAGACUAGUCAAUUCCAAACCUUUUCCUACAAGAAAAACCCAUUGACCUCACUCCUCAGUCCCUAUUUUGCUGACCAUCAUAAUGAAUUGUUUUAUCAAUGACAUAAAUUGGGCAUAACGUAUUAGUGUCUACUAGAGUGCAAAAUUGUCACACAAUUUGUUUUUGCCCUAACAGCUGACUUAAGUUUAACUAUUUUUCUGCAGAUGUGCAUUCUUAUAUUUGUAGGAACAAAUGGUGAAACCUACUUCAACACAGCAACUUUAGUUUCUUGUGUGCGAAAUUUCCCAAAAAGUCGUGGUCCUGUGGUUGGAAUUCUUAAGGGAUUUGCUGGCUUAGGUGGUGCUAUUUUAACUCAGAUAUAUGCAGUAAUCCAUUCCCCGGAUCACGCUUCACUUAUAUUUAUGAUUGCCGUUGCACCAGCAAUGGUGAUUAUAGCUCUCAUGUUUAUAAUCAGGCCUGUUGGAGGCGACAAACAAGUUAGGCCUUCUGAUGGACUAAGUUUUUCAUGUGUUUACAGUAUAUGCCUCAUAUUAGCUGCUUACUUAAUGGGAGUUAUGCUUGUUGAAGACUUUAUUGAUGUUAGCCAAAAUGUUAUUAUAAUCUUCACAGUUAUUUUGUUUGUCAUUUUGAUAAUCCCUAUUGUGAUCCCUAUCUAUUUGAGUUUCACUCAAGAGCCAAGAGUAGUACCAGAAGAAGAGGCACUUCUAUCUCAGUCAGGCGAUCAAGGUCCUGGCAGAUCAGAACACGGCGAUGGUCAAGAAAUUAUAUUUAGUGAGGCUGAGGAGGAGAAGUCAAAGGGAGUAGACUUGCUUCCUGCUUUAGAAAAGCAAAAAAGAAUCGGGCAAUUACAAGUGAGACUAGCAGAAGGAGCUGUGAGGAUCAAAAGAAGACGAGGUCCUCGUAGGGGAGAGGACUUUACUUUAGUCCAGGCUUUAAUAAAAGCAGAUUUCUGGCUUAUGUUUUUCUCACUGCUUUUCGGUUCUGGAUCUGGUUUGACUGUCAUUGAUAACUUGGGACAAAUGAGCCAAUCUUUAGGAUAUGAAAACACACAUGUAUUUGUUUCGAUGAUUAGCAUAUGGAACUUCCUUGGCCGUAUUGGAGGUGGAUACUUUUCUGAGAUAAUAGUCAGGGAUAAUGCAUAUCCAAGGCAUGCAGCUAUGGCUAUUGCUCAAGUUGUGAUGGCCUUUGGUCAUUUCUUCUUUGCUAUGGGUUGGCCUGGAGCUGUGUAUAUUGGUACUCUUUUGGUUGGACUUGGUUAUGGAGCUCAUUGGGCGAUUGUGCCAGCUGCUGCUUCUGAAUUGUUUGGGUUAAAGAACUUUGGGGCUUUGUACAAUUUCCUCAUUAUUGCCAACCCAGCUGGUUCAUUAGUAUUCUCAGGUCUUAUUGCUAGUAGUAUAUAUGACAUGGAAGCUGAAAAGCAAGCUCAACAACCCCAUGAAAGACGCUUGAUGGCAUCAGUUUUGACAAGAUUUUUGAACAUGGAUGAACCUCUCAAGUGUGAAGGUACCAUUUGCUUCUUCUUGACUUCCUUGAUAAUGUCAGGACUCUGCAUUGUUGCAGCUGUUCUAAGCAUGAUUCUGGUGUACCGCACAAAGACAGUGUACGCUAAUCUGUAUGGAAGAUCUCGUACGUAAUGUAUCCUCGAAGGAUAGAAAUAUAAGCAUCCUGAAAAAAGACAUUGUCUGCCAAUUCAUAUUUCCACAUAUCAUUAUAAUGUGACACUGGAAACCAUCACCAGAAUACUUCCAGGUGAGAGCAAACGACGAAGAAGACAAUAGCCUGGUUUUGCUGUUGCAAAAGCAUUCCUUGGUUGAGUGAAAUAAUAUUUGUAUUGCAAGUCAUUUCUGUAUAUUUGUAAUUUCUCAAUCUUCAAGUUGUUAAAUUUUUUAUUGUCAACCACCAUUAGUAAGAGCGUUGAUUGAUUUUUUGCUAA